UGCCAUUUAAAAGCUCCGCUCUGAGGGCAGUGAGAACGCUGCGCUCUGCAAACCAAAAUACGAGAUUGUGAGUAAAAUUAUGUAGUAUUUUGCGAAAAGAAGAGGAUAGUAAAAGAGAGAAGGUUUUGCAUGUUUUUUUAAAUGGGAAAUCUGUUGGGUAGCUGGCGUUUCAAGGAGCCGAGCACCGUUGAGGAAUGCGACUCGACGUGGGGGUCGGACUCAGAGAACGAUGACCCGGCAGCUGAAGAUGACAGCGGUAUCUCCGACUCCGUCAGCCCGGCGGAGAGCGACUGGGCCGCCGGAGACUCCGGAGACACGCCCCCGCAGCUGACUGAAUCCCCGGAGUCUGUUCCUAAGAUGAAGAGGAGUUUCUAUGCUGCCAGGGACCUCUACAAAUACCGUCAUAGCUACCCGAACUACAGGAAGUCCCGGCAACCCAACGAGUACCGUAACCUGCGCUUCUACCUGAACAAGAUCCCCCUAGUACCUGAUGGUAUCUAUAUAGAGGAGAUUCUGACAAAGUGGAGAGGUGACUAUGACAAACUGGAGCACAAUCACACCUACAUUCAGUGGCUGUUCCCAUUAAGAGAACAAGGGCUCAACUUCUACGCACAUGAACUGACUCAGGAAGAGAUCAAAGAAUUCCAAAGCACUCGGGAAGCUAAGCGUAGAUUCCUGGCGGCCUAUUCCCUGAUGUUGGACUUCUAUGGCAUCAAACUGCUGGAUAAGAGUGGGAAUGUUGCUCGGGCUCCCAACUGGCAGGAGCGCUUCCAGCACCUUAAUGAGUCCCAGCACAACUACCUGCGGAUCACUCGCAUCCUGAAGUCCCUGGGCGAGCUUGGCUACGAGGCCUUCAAGGCCCCGCUGGCUCGUCUGUUCCUGGAGGAGUCGCUGUGCCACAACACCAUUCCCAACAUGAAGCACAGCGUCCUGGAGUACUAUGUCUACACCAUUCGCCUGCCCGCCACCCGCAGACGCCUGCUCCGCUACGCUCGCCAGCACUACAGGCCUGCCCAUGCCUUCCUGUGGGGGCCACCUAAAAGGGGAGGUGGUGGUGUCGGAGGUAGUGGAGGUGCUGGAAGUAGUGGGAUCAGAGCACCUGCUCCAACACCAGAGCAACAGAGGAGGGGGGAGGAGAGCACCACGUCAAUAUGUGCAAGUAGCAGGAUUAUUGUGUCUUCCCAUGAUGCCAUGACGUGCCAGGACCUGGCUGGAGGAGGGCUGAAGGGCUGCGCAGGACUUGGUUCCAGUAUGGCUGGACUGGAGGGAGCGUUGAUGAUGGCGGGAGCUAGAGGAGAGAGGAACGAGUACAAUGAGGUUGUUCCUUUGUAGGGAAUGGGGGUCAGAUUGUUAUGAAGUUUGAAAGGCAGAAAACAAAACAGCUGUUUUGAAAACUAACUAGUUUAAUUGUAAAGAAAAAAUACAUUUAUGCCAGAACUUAAUUCUGCUUCUGGACAACCCCAUAGGACACAGAAACUUAGGGUAAUGACUAAUCUGUCAUUAGAAUCAUUACAGGGUUAAGGGCUUACCAUAAACAACCAUGAUGUUAUUUCUUUGCUGAUAAAUCAGUUUCACUGUAUUGAAUAUGGGAUGGGACUAGGGUUGUUGGGGGGGGGGGGUUGUGUCAUAUCCUUGUUAAACAAACUCGCCUUGGACCAAAUCCCCAAACCAUCUAAUCCAGUAGAGACCCAAACGUGUGUUGCAAGGCUUUUCCUCAUCAGGGCUAUGAUCACAAAACAACUUAGACUGAAUAUUGCCUUAUUUAAUGUUUUGAUCUUGAACUGUGGCAGGGGUGAAAUAUGGUGAUACUGUGGUGAGACUGAAGCCCUGAUUUGUAUGUUUGUCUCGCGAUGGUUUGGGGGGGGGAGUCCUGCUUAUUCAAUAUUGUAGCUGGAGCUCCACUGAGCAACAAGCUCACUUUUUACAGGUGCUCUAAAGUGAAAAUUAUAAUGUGAAGAGGGAGGUCAGGGAAAUUAUUAUUUUUUGGGUUUUUUUGUUUUCUAAAUUCUGUGAAAGGACAUAAGGAUCGCAAAAGAGAGAGAAAGAAUGAAAAGGCAGGGGUGAGCUAAUUUGUCAUAGCAAUACAUUUAAACCAUAUGUUUUGAGAUUCACUUGAAAUCCUCACUGAUAUUAGUAAUAGCAGGGACAACUCAAUAUUUAACUGUGUGAAGGUAGCCGCUCCCUCUGAAAAUUGUACAUAACUCUAGAGCAAAAAAAAACAUGACAUAUUAGUGAAUUAUAUCUAAGAAACUGUUAAGAAUAGAGAAGCUUUUUAGUGACAUCACUACUCUCUUGUAAACUAUAACUGGCAUAAGUAAAGAUGCCUGUCACACUUUCAAAGCAAAGGGAGCUAUGUCAAUAAUAAGAUCUGUUUCAAAAUUUGAGUUACUUUGACAGUAAACGAUCUCUUUCGUAGCCCUAGCCUCUACUUCAAAACAAAAUGGCAAACUUUUGGCUGGAUAACUUGCCAAUAGGCUAAUUUAGAGUUAAAAUGCUAACCUCUACUGUUAAUGUUAGUCUCUGUGAGAUAUAUUGUUAGUACAAAUAAAGCUACAUCAGCUAGCUAGUGUUAGCAGCAGUGGUUAGUUUAGCAAACCACCGUGGUUUAAGCCUGCCACUUUAAAUUAAAAACGUACAUUUUGAAUAAAUAAGAACUAGCACCUAAUAAUUCAAAUACAUUCUAUGUAGCCUAAUCAUCAAAUCAUCUGUUGAUCAAUAAGAACGAAGAACGUUCCUUGCAUUUGCUAUGCCUGUACAGCCUCAUUCAAGUAACAAGCUAACAGGUAACAUCAGAUGUGUUGUUGUGGGAAUAUAAGUGCUGGCAACAAAAAAAAAAAAAGAAUUAUCCAAUCUAUGGUGUUGAAUUCAAAAUGCUUCCACAUCAUUUUUUAAAGAUGGUUUUGUGUCAGAAUCAUUCAGUGCAGCUCGCUUGUUUCCUCAAUUUUGUGUUGACAAAGUCAACAACAAUAGUUUACUGAGACCAACAGGGCAUGCAAUGGAUCAGACUGCAUUUUAUGCAUGACUGUAUGGUCUCUUGUAACUAUAAAUAUUGAAUUCCCACAGAUGAUUACAGAUCGAAUAUUCAGUUUUUCCUACAGUGGAAUGGUAGUUCAAAUUUCAACCAAAAAGGUGGCAGCCCUACGAGGCUAACAGUGACACUUUUUUGACAAAAUCAUCAGUGUAUCAUUAGUAAAAUAGAACCAUGCUUUGUUUUUUUUGUUUUUUGCUGUCAAUAGCAGAAAACCUCCAACAUGGCUGCCACAGAGUAUGCUGUGUCACCUGAAAGCCCCCUAUGCUUUAGUAAAUAAGUUGAUUGGAUGUGAACUGUGACUGAAGUCAAUGCGAUCAGAUAAGUGAUGCGUGGUGUGUUGCACUUUUUUGACAAUCUGUGUCUUCCUGUUGAAAGCGCUGUAGGUUUCUCCAAAUUGUCGAUUUCAAAAUAACAUCCACAAAAGUUGAGAACUUGCUGUGAAUGUUGUGUUAUUGCCUAACCUUGCAAUAAUAAUUUCAACCAGGCUACACAUAGUUGUGAUACUGUUGGCGUUAUCCCUCUGAAUAUGAGAGUCUAAAGCUUCUAGGGGGAAGUUUGUAGAAGAGUAGCAGCUGAUAUUUUUGUCAGAUUUUCAGUUUCUUAAAUUUUGUUCAUUUACAUGGCAAAAAAUACCCCACAAAAACAUCCCCUAGAACUUUACUCAGAUGUGGGUGAAAAAGCCACUUAAUUAGCAUGAAGAAUGCUUCAGUAAUUUAACUCUCCACUGAAGCCAGACAAAUUAUUUUGGAUUAGCAGGUGCUCAAGGAAGGAAGACAGGUUUCUUUCUGCAUUUCUCACCUCUGAGAUGUUAAAAACAUCUUUCAUCACCCUCUUCAUUUAAGAGGUUGACAGCAUCACAUUGCUUGUGUUUUUGUUUUGUUUUUUUAAAUAAAAAACCAAUUCCAGCCUGAUACAUCUGGAAGUGUGUCCUGGUCUGUCUAGUCAGCCAAGAGGGACUUUAGGGAUAUUUAAUUAAUUCUAGGUAUCAUUUCAAACACAGAAAAUUGAGUUCCUGGUUGCAAUAGCUCUCUGUGAAAUCAAAAGCCAUGUGAGGUGUAAAACAGCAAUGAUGCAUCAAUUAAAAUUCUUCCUGUAGGAUAAGGCCUUGCUCAUCAUUAGCUGAUAAGGUCUCUACAUUGCUCCACAGCCAAGUGUAUCUGAUAUAAUUGUAAAAAUAACUUCAGGUGAAUUGUGUGAUAACAUGGGCUCAAGUAUCUGAUUUUUUUAAUAUACUGUUUGUGUACAUAUAUGCAUAUGUGUGCGUGUGUAUCUGAUAUUCUUAAGUGCCUUCUUUGUAUUUUUAUGUUUAUCUGUAUGCUGUAAUUUCCUGGACAUCCUGUUUUUUGCAGCAUUUUGAUAUUUAUAUUAUUGUUUGCAUUAUAGUCAUAUACAGUAUGAGUAUUAAUGUAUAGUAACAGCAGGAAUAAAACCCAUAAGAAUUGGUAUAGAGGAGAGGUUCAUAUAUAUAUAUAUAUUACUUGAAAUUGUUUGUAUCUGGCUUAUUGAUAAAAAUGUGAUUGUUUAAUAGAUGAAUAUUCACUAUGCCUGCUGGAGACACCAGUGUUUUCCCAGUGUUCUUUCAGCAUAGAUGGGCCACAAUAACUGGACAUUUGCCCUAAAAUGUGAAAUUUGCUACACUUGACUCAAAUAAAAAUGGGUAUGUGGAUGUAA